AUGGGCAUCAAGAAAAAUGUUCAUUCCUCCUCAGACCAACUCAAGGGACGUUCCUUAGGAGUUGUGUAUAAUUACACCACGCACGGCGUCCAGCGAGACGAAGCAGGGUGGGAGCAGAGUGUAAGCAUCCCGUUACUGCAGCCUGGCAUGUUUGGACUGAUGGAUCAGUGGGACAAGUACCUGGACGACUUCUCCGCCACGGGGGCCUGGCUGCCCCAGAGGUAUGAAGAAGACCGUCACAACUGCUACAGUUACACCCUCACAUUCAUUAACUGCAUCCUGACCACAGAAGGCAAGGAGCAACUGGGCAAAGACGAGUUCAUUGAGAAGUAUGUGGUUCCACGGACGAGGAAGGCCUCCAAGUACAUCACACUGUACCGGGUGAUAGAAGAGCGUGGCUUCUACGUGACCGACCACCCGGAUGAAGAGACAGACCCUCCUGAGGGGAGCGCUGCGUGCUGA